AUGAAGCUGCGGCUCCUGGUGGCCGUGCUCUGCGCCGGGAUCCUGGCCAGGGCACCCCGAGCGCGGGCCCAGGCCGGGGAGCGAGUGACCUGCACACGCCUCUACGCCGCGGACAUCGUGUUCCUGCUCGACGGCUCCUCGUCCAUCGGCCGCGCGAACUUCCGUGAAGUGCGGGCCUUCCUGGAGGGGCUGGCGCUGCCCUUCGCGGGCGCGGCCGCGGGCCCGGGCGUGCGCUUCGCCGCCGUGCAGUACAGCGACGACCCGCGGACAGAGUUCGGCCUGGACGCGCUGGGCUCGGCGAGCGAGGUGAUCCGCGCCCUCCGCGAGCUCAGCUACAAGGGGGGCAACACGCGCACGGGCGCCGCCAUCCUGCACGUGGCCGACCGCAUCUUCCUGCCCCCGCUGGCCCGGCCUGGCGUGCCCAAGGUCUGCAUCCUCAUCACGGACGGGAAGUCCCAGGACCUGGUGGACGCGGCCGCCCAGAGGCUGAAGGGCCAGGGCGUCAAGCUGUUCGCCGUGGGGAUCAAGAACGCGGACCCCGAGGAGCUGAGGCGCGUGGCCUCCCAGCCGACGGCCGACUUCUUCUUCUUCGUCAACGACUUCAGCAUCCUGCGGACGCUGCUGCCCCUGGUCUCCCGGCGGGUGUGCACCACGGCGGGCGGCGUGCCCGUGGCCCUGCCCCCCGACGGCUCGCCCUCCGGCCCGCGGGACCUGGUGCUGUCCGAGCCCACCGGCCAGUCCCUGCGGGUGCAGUGGACGGCGGCCAGCGGCCCUGUCAGCGGCUACCAGGUCCAGUACGCGCCCCUGACAGGCCUGGGCCAGCCGCGGCCCGGCGAGCGGCGGGAGGUGAGCGUCCCGGCCGGCGAGACCAGCACGCGGCUGCAGGGCCUGCAGCCCCUGACGGAGUACCAGGUGACGGUGAUCGCCCUCUACGCCAACAGCGUCGGGGAGGCCGUGAGCGGGACAGCGCGAACCACCGCCCUGGAGGGGCCGGAGCUGACCGUCCAGAACACCACCGCCCACAGCCUCCUGGUGGCCUGGCGGGGCGUGCCGGGCGCCACCGGCUACCGCGUGACCUGGCGGCUGCUGAGCGGCGGGCCCACGCAGCAGCAGGAGCUGGGCCCGGGCCAGGGGUCGGCGCUGCUCCGGGACCUGCAGCCCGGCGCCGACUACGAGGUGACCCUGAGCGUCCUGCGCGGCGGCAGCGUGGGGCCCGCCGCCUCCCUGACGGCCCGCACCGACGCUCCUGUGGAGCAGACCCUGCGCCCCACCAUCCUGGGCCCCACCUCCAUCCUCCUGUCCUGGAACCUGGUCCCCGCGGCCCGCGGCUACCGGCUGGAGUGGCGGCGAGAGACUGGCCUGGAGGCGCCGCAGAAGCUGGUGCUGCCCCCAGAGGUGACCCGCUACCAGCUGGACGGGCUGCAGCCGGGCACCGAGUACCGCCUCACGCUCUACACUCUGCUGGAGGGCCGGGAGGUGGCCACGCCGGCCACCGUGGUCCCCACGGGGCCAGAGCGGCCGGUGGGCCCCGUGACAGACCUGCGGGCGACCCAGCUGCCCGGGCAGCGGGUGCGGGUGACCUGGAGCCCGGUCCCCGGGGCCACCGAGUACCGCAUCGCUGUGCGCGGCACCCAGGGAGUGGAGAGGACCCUGGUGCUCCCCGGGAGCCAGACGGCCUUCGACUUGGAUGACGUCCGCGCGGGGCUGAGCUACACCGUGCGGGUGUCCGCCCGCGUGGGCGCCCGCGAGGGCAGUGCCAGCACCCUCAUUGUCCGCCGGGAGCACGAAAGCCCCCUCGCGGUCCCAGGGCUGCAGGUGGUGGCGUCGGACCUGACUCGCGUGAGGGUGGCCUGGGGGCCCGUGCCCGGGGCCAGCGGCUAUCGGAUCAGCUGGAGGACGGACAGUGGCCCCGAGGCCAGCCGGACGCUGCCCCCGGAAUCCACGGGCACGGACAUCACGGGGCUGCGGCCCGGCACCUCCUACCACGUGUCCGUGCGGGCCCUGCGGGGCCGAGAGGAGGGCCCCGCCGCCGUCACCGCCGCCCGCACCGACCCCCUGGACCCGGUGAAGAACGUCCGUGUGACCGAAGCCACCAGCUCCGCGGCCACCAUCGUCUGGAGCAGGGUUCCUGGCGCCACGGGAUACGGGGUCUCCUGGCGCGCAGGCUACGGCCCGGAGCAGUCCCGGCAGGUGUCGGGGGAGGCCGCGACGGCCCGGCUGGACGGGCUGGAGCCAGACACAGAGUACACGGUGCGCGUGUGGGCCCACGUGGCCGGUGUGGACGGGCCCCCCUCGUCGCUGGCCGUGAGGACCGACCCCGCGCCCGUGGGCAGUGUGUCCAAGCUGCAGAUCCUCACUGCGUCCAGCGACGUCCUGCGGGUCACCUGGGUGGGCGUCCCUGGAGCCACAGCCUACAGAGUGGCCUGGGGCCGGAGCGAGGGUGGCCCCACGAGUCAGCAGAUGCUCCCCGGAAGCACGGACUCCGCAGAGAUUCGCGACCUCGAGGGCGGAGUCAGCUACGCGGUGCGGGUGACCGCGCUGGUCGGGGACCGCGAGGGCGCCCCGGUCUCCAUCCUCGUCACCACGCCGCCCGCCCUGCAGCCCGCCGUGGAGGGCCUGCGCGUGGUGCGGAGAGGCCAGCACUCGCUGGGCCUGCGCUGGCGGCCGGCGCCCGGGGCGCACGGCUUCCGGCUGCGCUGGCGGCCCGAGGGCGGCCAGGACCAGUCUCGGGUCCUGGGGGCCGAGCUGAGCAGCUAUGAACUGGACGGGCUGGAGCCCGGGACCCCGUACCGCGUGUGGCUGAGCGUCCUGGGGCCCUCGGGGGAAGGGCCCCCCACGGAGGUGACGGCGCACACGGAGCCACUGCGGGUCCAGGGCCCGGAGCUGCGCGUGGUGGGCACGUCCGUGGACUCGGUGACUCUGGCCUGGAGCCCCGUGCCCGGAGCAUCCAGCUUCAUCCUGUCCUGGCAGCCGCUGGAGGGCCGAGAGCUGCCCGGGGCCUCAGAGACGCUGCCCGGCACCUUGAGCUCCCAGCGGGUGACGGGCCUGGCGCCCGGCGUGUCCUACGUCUUCUCCCUGAGCGCCGUCCAGGAGGGCGCCCGGGGCGCUCCGGCCACCGUCACACACAGCCCAGCAUGUCCCCGGGGCCUGAUGGACCUGGUGCUCCUGGUGCACGCCACGCGGGACAGCGCCCACCGCGCCGCGGCCGUGAAGGCGGCCCUGGGGCGUCUGGUGUCGGCACUGGGGCCUCUCGGGCCACAGGCGGUCCAGGUGGGCCUUCUGACCUACAGCUACCAGGCCUUCCCCCUGUUCCCGCUGAACAGCUCCCACGACCUCAGCGUCGUCCUGCAGAAGAUCCGAGACAUCCCCUACGGGGACCCCAGCGGGAACAACCUGGGCACAGCCGUGGCCUCUGCCCAGAGGUACUUGUUGGCACCAGAAGCUCCCGGCCGCCGCCGGCAGGCGCCAGGGGUGAUGGUGCUGCUGGUGGACGAGCCCUUGAGAGGUGACAUCUCCAGCCCCAUCCGGGAGGCCCAGGCGGCUGGGCUCCAGGUGAUGGCCCUGGGCCUGGCGGGGGCCGACCUGGAGCAGCUGCGGCGCUUGGCGCCGAGCACGGGCCCCAUGCAGACCUUCUUCGCCGCGGACGACGGGCCCGCCCUGGACAGGGCGGUCAGCGGUCUGGCAGCUGCCCUGUGCCAGGCGGCCUCUACGGCGCAGCCACAGCCCUGCUCGGUGCUCUGUCCGAAGGGCCAGAAGGGGGAAGCCGGAGAGAUGGGUCCGAGAGGACGAGACGGGCCCCCAGGCCCUCCUGGCCUCACGGGCAGGGCCGGCGCUCCUGGCCCCCAGGGGCCCCCAGGGCGUGCCCACGAGAAGGGCGAGAGGGGCUCCCCUGGGGCGGAUGGGGCUCCUGGCAGCCCUGGCCGCCCAGGCACUCCUGGACCGCCUGGCCCCAAGGGCUCCCCAGGGGCAUCCGGCCCUCGUGGAUAUCCGGGAGAGCAAGGACCUCGAGGCCCAAAGGGGGAGCCGGGAGAGCCCGGCCGGGUGACGGGGGGAGAUGGGCCAGGCCUUCCGGGCCCUCCGGGCCCUCCCGGAUCUCCGGGCCUGCCGGGGGACCCAGGACUCCGGGGUCUCCCUGGAACAGCUGUGAAGGGUGACAAAGGCGACCGUGGGGAGCGGGGCCCCCCUGGACCCGGCGAGGGCGGCGCUGCGGCCGGGGACCCCGGGCUACCAGGCCUUCCUGGGAGCCCCGGACCCCAGGGCCCCGCAGGCGCCCCUGGGGAGAAAGGACAGAAGGGGGACUGUGAGGACGGAGCCCCAGGCCUCCCAGGACCACCUGGGCUCCCGGGCCUGCAGGGACCGCCCGGAGACGCCGGCCCCCGAGGUGACCGGGGGCUGCCAGGGGCUGUGGGUGAGACUGGAGAGAAGGGCCAACGUGGACCCCCUGGCCCAAUCGGACCCCAGGGGCUGCCGGGAGUCGCCGGGCACCCGGGCGCCGAGGGCCCUGAGGGCCCACCCGGACCCGCCGGCCGCCGCGGAGAGAAGGGAGAGCCAGGCCGCCCGGGGGACCCUGCCUUGGGACCUGAUGGCGGGGGAGUCAAAGGAGAGAAGGGAGAAGCGGGGCCCAGAGGAGCUGUGGGAGCCAAGGGGGAGCCGGGCCCUCCCGGCCUCACUCUUCCUGGAGACCCAGGCCCCAAGGGCGACCCUGGGAGCCGGGGCCCCAUCGGCCUCACCGGCAGAGCUGGACCCCCGGGCGACUCAGGGGCUCCUGGAGAGAAGGGCGACCCUGGGCGGCCUGGCCCCCCAGGACCUGUCGGCCCCCGAGGAAGAGACGGCGAAGCUGGCGAGAAAGGCGACGAGGGCCCCCCGGGGGACCCGGGCUUGCCCGGAAAAGCUGGCGAGCGCGGCCUGCGGGGGCCACCGGGAGCUCGGGGGCCUGUGGGUGAGAAGGGAGACCAGGGAGAUCCCGGAGAAGAUGGACGGAACGGCAGCCCUGGACCCUCUGGGCCCAAAGGGGACCGCGGGGAGCCGGGCCCCCCAGGACCCCCGGGACAGCUGGUGGACUCGGGGCCUGGAGCCAGAGAGAAGGGAGAGCCCGGCGACCGGGGACAGGAAGGACCUCCGGGACCCAAGGGCGACGCUGGGCCCCCCGGAUCCCCCGGGGAGAGGGGCGUUGCCGGACUGCGGGGGGCCCCGGGCCCACAGGGGGACCCAGGUGCUCGCGGCCUCGCAGGAGACAAGGGCGACCGGGGCCCCCCUGGCCUGGAUGGCCGCAACGGGCUGGAUGGGAAGCCAGGAGCCACUGGGCCCCCUGGGCUGCACGGUGCUCCGGGCAAAGCUGGGGACCCGGGGAGAGACGGGCUUCCGGGCCUCCGAGGAGACCAGGGACCUCCCGGCCCUGCCGGCCCCCCUGGAGCGCCGGGAAAGCCGGGCGAGGAUGGCAGGCCGGGCCUGAACGGGAAAAACGGAGAAGCGGGGGACCCCGGAGAAGACGGGAGGAAGGGGGAGAAGGGAGACUCAGGCGCCCCCGGGAGAGAAGGUCACGAGGGCCCCAAGGGCGACCGCGGAGCUGCUGGCAGCCCCGGCCUCCCCGGCGCCCCGGGCCUCCCCGGGCAGGUGGGCCCGCCCGGCCAGGGUUUCCCUGGCGUCCCAGGCAGCCAGGGCCCCAAGGGUGACCGGGGGGACACCGGAUCCAAAGGCGAGCAGGGCCUCCCGGGAGAGCGCGGCCUGAGAGGAGAGCCAGGGAGUGGGCCGAACGUGGAGCGGCUGCUGGAAAACAUUGGGAUCAAGACCUCAGCCCUGCGGGACAUGGUGGAGGCCUGGCAGGGGGGCGCCAGCGGCAUCCUGCCCGGGCCUGAGAGGCGAGGCCCCAAAGGAGACCCUGGCGAGCCGGGCCCCGCGGGCAAGCAGGGCCCCAUCGGCUUCUCCGGAGACCGCGGGCCCAAGGGAGACCGUGGAGACCCCGGCCCUCAGGGGCCGCCCGGCCUGGCCCUCGGGGAGAGGGGCGCCCCGGGCCCUCCCGGCCUGGCCGGGGAGCCUGGGAAGCCGGGCAUUCCCGGGCUCCCGGGCUCGGCUGGGGCUGCGGGGGAGGCAGGAAGGCCAGGAGAACGGGGAGAACGGGGAGAGAAAGGCGAACACGGAGAGCAGGGCAGAGCCGGCCCCCCGGGCCUCCCCGGACCCCCCGGACCGCCCGGCGACAAGGUGGACGUGGACAAGCCAGGUCCUGGGCCCUCUGGGGAACAAGGACCCCCCGGACCCAAGGGCGCAAAGGGGGAGCCAGGCAGUGACGGCGACCGGGGCCCCAAAGGAGACAGGGGGGCGCCAGGCAUCAAGGGCGAGCAGGGGGAGCCUGGACAGAGGGGCCUGGGCGGCCUGCCGGGUCUGCCGGGAGAGCGUGGUGUGGCCGGGCCCGAAGGGAAGCCGGGACUGCAAGGCCCCAGGGGGGGCCCUGGCCCAGCAGGUGGCCACGGAGACCCCGGACCGCCAGGGGCCCCGGGUCUCGCUGGCCCCGCGGGACCGCAGGGACCGUCCGGGCUGAAGGGGGAGCCAGGAGAGACGGGCCCGCCCGGACGGGGCCUGGCUGGACCUCCUGGACCCGUGGGCCUCCCCGGGCCACCCGGCGCCUCCGGCCUGGUGGGCCCACAGGGGCCGCCGGGGCUGCCGGGACAAGUGGGGGAGACGGGGAAGCCGGGAGCCCCCGGGCGUGACGGAGCCGGCGGCAAAGACGGAGACCGAGGAGCCCCGGGCGUGCCGGGGUCGCCAGGCCUGCCCGGCCCUGUCGGGCCUAAAGGAGAACCUGGACCCAUGGGGACCCCCGGACAGGCUGUGGCCGGGCCCCCUGGCGCGAAGGGGGAGAAGGGAGCCCCCGGAGGCCUUGCCCGCGACCUGGUGGGAGAGCCGGGAGCCAAGGGGGACCGUGGACUGCCUGGGCCGCGAGGAGAGAAGGGAGAAGCCGGCCGCGCGGGGGAGCCCGGAGACCCCGGGGAAGAUGGCUUCAAAGGAGCCCCGGGACUCAAGGGCCAGAAGGGUGACCCAGGAGUCGGGGCGCAGGGCCCCCCGGGGCCAGGCGGUCCUCCGGGUGCGAAGGGGGACGUGGGCGCCUCGGGACCGCCCGGCGCUCCUGGCAUCGUGGGCUUCCCCGGCCAGACGGGCCCUCGGGGAGAGGCGGGCCAGCCGGGCCCCGGCGGAGAGCGGGGCCUGGCCGGUGCCCCGGGCAGAGAGGGGGCCCCCGGUCCCUCGGGGCCUCCGGGACCACCAGGGCCAGCGGGAGCACCCGGGGCCUCCGGACUCAAAGGAGACAAGGGGGACCCUGGAGCGGGGCUGCCCGGGGCACGUGGAGAGCGUGGGGAGCCGGGCCUCCGGGGUGAAGACGGCCACCCCGGCCAGGAGGGACCCCGAGGCCCUGCGGGCCCCCCAGGCAGCCGGGGGGAGCGCGGGGAGAAGGGCGACCCUGGAGCCGCGGGGCUGAAGGGUGACCGGGGCGACGCGGCUGUGGUGCUGGGGCCGCCGGGGCCGCGGGGCGCCAAGGGGGACGCGGGUGAGCGAGGGCUGCGAGGUGCAGAUGGUGAGAAAGGACCUCGGGGAGACACCGGGCUUCCUGGCGAGAAGGGCAGCAGCGGGGAGCCGGGGGACAGGGGCGCCGCCGGGCCGCCCGGAGCUCGCGGACCUGCAGGACCUCAGGGGGGGCCCGGUGCCGCGGGGAUCCCUGGAGACCCGGGUCCCCCGGGAAGGGACGGAGCCCCCGGCCUCCGUGGAGAGAAAGGCGAGAUGGGCUUUGUGGGUCCCCGCGGCCUCAAGGGCGAGCGCGGGCUGAAGGGCGCCUGUGGCCUGGACGGCGAGAAGGGCGACAAGGGCGAGGCGGGGCCCCCGGGCCGACACGGGCUGGCCGGACACAAGGGCGACCAGGGGGAGCCGGGGGAGCCGGGCCAGGCAGGGGCCCCUGGCAAGGAGGGCCUGGUCGGCCCCAAGGGCGACCGGGGCUUUGACGGGCAGACGGGGCCCAGGGGUGACCAGGGCGAGAAAGGGGAGCGGGGCCCCCCAGGAAUUGGGGGUCUCCCAGGGCCCCGGGGCAGUGAUGGUGCCAGUGGCCCCCCCGGGCCUCCGGGCAGUGUGGGGCCCAAAGGCUCGGAAGGACUCCAGGGCCAGAAGGGUGAGCGAGGGCCCCGUGGAGAGGGCGUGGUGGGGGCCCCCGGCGCCCCUGGGGCCCCCGGAGAGAGGGGGGAACAGGGGCGGCCUGGACCUGCCGGCCCCCGAGGCGAGAAGGGACAAGCUGCGCUGACCGAGGACGACAUCCGGGGCUUCGUGCGCCAGGAGCUGAGCCAGCACUGCGCCUGUCAGGGCCAGUUCCUCGCGUCUGGAUCCCGGCCCCUGCCUAGUUACGCGGACGCCAGCGGCCGCCAGCGCCUCCCGGUGCUGCAGGUCUCCCACGCGGAGGAGGAAGACCGAGUGCCCCCCGAGGACGAUGAGUACGAGGAUGAGUACCCCGGGGAGGACGCCCCGGACCCCCCGGCCCCCUGGGACGGCGACGGCGACCCCUGCUGGCUCCCGCUGGACGAGGGCUCCUGCUCCGCCUACACGCUGCGCUGGUACCACCGGGCCGCGGCGGGGGGCGCCCGGGCCUGCCACCCCUUCGUCUACGGCGGCUGCGGAGGGAACGCCAACCGCUUUGCCACCCGAGAGGCCUGUGAGCGCCGCUGCCUGCCCCGCGGGGCCCCGAGCCUGGGAGCAGGUGCUCUCCAGCACUGA